AUGAGUUGGAUAUCAGAGAGAAAAACGAAAUGGAACAGCCUGAGUUGUACAUCGCCUCUUACGUCUAGUCUCGCCUCUGCCUUAACAAGAUGUGACAGCAACACCAUGUCUGACAAGGAGUCUCCCAGAGGAAGUCCUGAGCCCAACCUGGAUGGAUUUAUACAGCACUGCUUUAAACGAUACAAGCUAAAAGAGAGGUACCCAAGUUUUUACUUGAAACUGAAGCCUAGUCGAUUUGGCCCUCCUGCGCCUAGACGCCGUAUUCUUAUUGCCCCUCCAAUGCAGGGAACAUCUCUUCCCAGUGCCAAACCACAGGCACCUGAACCCUUGAGUCAAAAGCAGGAAACAUUCACUUCUGAAGAACAUCUUAAGGAAGUUCCUAAAGCUCCUACAGAGGAAGAUGAAGUGAGGAAAUUAGAUGCUUGGAUUGAAGAGAGGAAGAAAUUGCAGUAUCAGCUGAGCAAAUGUGCAGAUGUUGAGUCAUGGUUGAUGGGAAAAGAAUCCAUCAGUGAGCAGGAAGCCAGUGUGCUGAGAAAAAUCAAGGAAUCCAGAGAGGUGAAGAAAGUCCAAAUGAAAGCCCUGUCAGCUCCUGUCAGCAACACUGAAAAACUGCUGCCUCGGAGAAAAGCAAAGACAUUCAUCCCUCUUAUCAAUGCCCCAUAUCCGGAGUCUCUCAUCACCCUGCAAAAUCUCUUGCACAAGCAAAAACUCAAGCUGGUGGAUAUAUUUGCCAAAGAAGAUCGGGCCAAGACCAUGAAGUUCAAAAGAGCAGAUUUCAUUAGAGUCAUCGAAGGGACCAUGGUGCCUAUCAGUAAAAAUGAUUUGGAGGAUGUUGUCAUCUACCUCACUUCUUCAAAGAAAGGGAAUUAUAUAACCCAUGAUGAUCUGGCUGAGUGUCAGAAAAUAUGGAUGGACUACCUAAGAGACCAAUGGAAACAUGCCAAAGAAGCCAAACCAGGUGGGAGGGAAAAUACAAAAGAGCUCCCACCUGCUGACCAAAAAGUUGGUCCCAUGGUUCCGAAGAGUGCUGCAUCAUAUCGUUACAAGUUUAAAAUUUUACCACCUGAGGAACCUAAAUUAGACUACUUGGAAGUCCCCUCCAUCAACACUGAACCAGACCGUAUGCAUCUGACUUAUAAUAAAAUGGAAGAGGUUGGGAAGAGAUACAGAGAAAUGAGACGGCGACGAAAGAGGAAGAUCAGCCUCUUAGAAUGGGCAGAAAAUUGUCGAGUGGUGAAGUCCGGAGAUCCGGUUGUGGAUAAUCAUUGCAUGCCAAGCACUAUUGAGGGUGAUAUGGGAGAACUGGUGGACAAGCAUCGAAUGGCUAGCCACCUGGUCUGGUUUCAGUGUGUCAGGCUCUGCCAACAAUAUGGAAUUCCACUUACUGAAAGACUGCUGCAAAGGGCUCUGCUUUUCCCAGGUGAUAAGUUAUUAAAUUAUGGUGGUAAGGUGCACAAGAUAAGACAGCCAGGAGGUCAUUAUGAAAUAUAUGCUCAACAGGAAUCAAAGAGUGGAUUGCAAGAAAAGCCAAAAAGCCCUCCCAGGAAAAAAGAAAGAGAGAAAGAGGUGAAGCCUAAAAAGCGACAGCCUGAGGAAAAGCCCCUGUGGGGCCGCUGGAGGUCCUACGCAGAAUUUAGGGACCUGGUGAGCGGACACUCAAAAAGACUGAGGCUUGCAGCAAGAAGUCUUUGGGAUGAAAGCUCUUUUGACAGCCAGUCACAAAUGAAGUUUGAGAAACGAUUCAUUGAAAGGGAGAUGAGAAGAAUGUUUGGCUUUCUCAAUCCCAGGACUGAUGCCAACAGCUUCUGGCCCGGACAUCUGCUGGACAAACUGCGUCUGUACCUACCUGAAAUGGAACGUGAUGAAGGAGAGGCCCUAUUCAACCAUAUUUCUCGUACACGCCCUGUUUAUUCUGGCAUUUUUCAUCCUUACCACAACUGGCCAAUCAAUGAGCUGAAUUAUGUCACCUACGGUGAUCCAGAUUCCAGAAAGGAUUAUUACUACAUUUGAUAGUAUUCUGAGGAGGAAAUGUUGUACAAUCAUGACCCGUUGGCUACUCCAGUGGAUCUGCUGCCAGUAAGCUGUUAUCCUAGCAAAAGAAAAAUCAUUGUAAGAAAUCUCUGUGACAAUCUAUGGUAACUAUGUGAUUUGGUAAGAGGGGCUUUCCCAAUUAAUCCGUCAGAUGUGCCGCAGUUAGUUUGCAAUUUGCCCAUUGAUCCAAGGAAUGAUAGCCAGUCUUCACUUUGUAGGA